AAGAUUACCAGACUAUAUAAAGCCCCUAUCAUAAAUCCACAAACAUGUAACAAGAUCGGAUCUAUUGGUAUCCAAUCCAACUUACCAAACACGUCAAAAUGUCGGUGAUACGGUGGUUGACGGUGGCCCUGCUACUCGCAUUUUGCACUAACAAAGUUCAUUCCGAUGCCUCAGAUCACAAAUACAAACCCGCUGAUGAAGUACCUAUAUACGCCAACAAAGUUGGCCCCUUUCAUAACCCUAGUGAAACAUACCGAUAUUAUGAUCUACCAUUCUGUUUACCAGCUCGUUUGAAGGAGAAACCAGAAGCUCUUGGUGAAGUACUUAACGGAGACCGUUUAGUCAGCGCUCCUUAUAAGCUUGACUUCAUGGUCGAAAAAGACUCGGAAAUCGUUUGCAAAAAAACACUUACAAAAGACGAAGUAUCUAAAUUCCGAAAAGCCGUUACCAAAGAUUACUAUUUCCAAAUGUACUAUGACGACUUACCUUUCUGGGGAUUUUUAGGGAAGGUUGAAAAAGACAAAAAUGACCCUAGUGAGGAAAAAUAUUACCUGUUCAAGCAUAUUCACUUCGAGAUCCACUACAACAAAGACCGCGUGAUCGAGAUAAACGCAAAAGCCGAUCCUAGUGCUGUCGUGGAUCUCACAGAAGACAAAGAAGUCGAGGUGGAGUUUAUGUACACUGUAAGGUGGAAAGAAACUAACGUUCCGUAUGAGAGUCGGAUGGAGAAAUACUCGCAAUCUUCUUCACAACCGCAUCACCUUGAAAUUCAUUGGUUUUCGAUUAUUAACUCGUGUGUCACGGUUCUUCUCUUAACUGGUUUCCUUGCCACCAUUCUUAUGCGAGUCCUAAAGAAUGAUUUUGUCAAGUACGCGCAUGAUGAAGAGGCAGCGGAUGAUCAAGAGGAAACCGGGUGGAAGUACAUUCACGGUGACGUUUUCAGGUAUCCGAAGUACAAGUCUCUGUUUGCCGCUGCACUUGGUUCCGGUACCCAGCUAUUUGCUCUCGCACUUUUUAUCUUCAUACUCGCUCUAGUUGGUGUAUUUUAUCCAUAUAAUCGCGGAGCCCUCUUUACCGCACUAGUUGUCAUAUACGCUCUUACGUCCGGGAUUGCAGGCUAUACCGCAGCCUCAUUUUAUCACCAGCUAGAAGGAACUAACUGGGUGAGGAACUUGCUAUUGACCGGCUGCUUGUUCUGUGGGCCCCUCUUUCUUACAUUCUGCUUUCUAAACACUGUUGCAAUCGCGUACACUGCUACUGCUGCUCUACCCUUCGGGACAAUAGUCGUGAUUGUGCUAAUAUGGACACUGGUGACUUCACCGUUGUUAGUAUUGGGUGGUAUUGCUGGCAAAAACAGCAAGGCUGAAUUUCAAGCACCCGUUCGUACCACGAAAUAUCCCAGAGAGAUCCCACCGUUACCGUGGUACCGUAAAACCGUCCCUCAAAUGGCCAUGGCCGGCUUUCUUCCGUUCAGUGCAAUCUACAUUGAGCUUUAUUACAUCUUUGCCAGUGUGUGGGGCCACAGGAUUUAUACCAUUUACAGCAUCUUAUUUAUAGUCUUUAUCAUUCUUCUCAUUGUUACCGCCUUUAUAACUGUGGCGUUGACUUAUUUCCAACUUGCCGCUGAAGACCAUGAAUGGUGGUGGAGAUCUUUUCUAUGUGGUGGUUCGACGGGUGUUUUCAUCUACGGGUAUUGCUUGUAUUAUUACUAUGAGCGCUCUGACAUGUCGGGAUUCAUGCAAACAUCGUUUUUCUUUGGUUACAUGGCUUGCAUCUGUUACGGUUUCUUUCUCAUGCUUGGGACGGUCGGUUUUCGUGCUGCUUUGUUCUUUGUUCGACACAUAUACCGCUCCAUCAAGUGUGAAUAGAAGCUCAACGUUUCAUGCUCAGUCAGGAGCUGCUUCUGCUACUGCUGAAUUUGGAAGCAUAAAGGCAGCAAGUAUCGAAUUACGUUUGGCCAGGAUGCUGAAGAGUGUUGAAACUGUCGGAUUCCCAAUCAUGUUUUAUUAGGUCAAUAAGAUAAAAUGAUGUUUAAUAUGUUUGUUCUUAUGUUGUUUUACUUUUGAGUUUGAAAUUAGGAAAGUAGAUUGAUCUAUACACUCAAUUUUGACACACAUAUAUGGACCCUUGUUUGUAACUGAACUCUAUGUCGGGUCCGCUUAUACACAUGGCUUCUAUGUC